AUGGCAUGUGGUAGCGGAAAAGCCAACACCGUUAAGGCCUCUGGAGUCACAAGAGGACAAAGGGAUGAGCUAGGCGAGAUCAAGGGACAACGUGGCACUAGUCCUCACUCCUGCCUACGUUGUAAGGCCUGUUACUGUGAUGACCACGCCAAGAGUAAGGUCUUCAAACAGGAGAAAGGAAAAGCUCCACCCUGUCCCAAGUGUGGUCACGAGACCCAAGAGACAAAAGACCUCAGCAUGUCCACUCGCACGUUGAAGUUUGGCCGCCAGGCUGGUGCUGACGACGAUGACGAUUAUUACGACGACGGAGCAUCAGGAUACGAUUCCUACUGGAAGAACUUAGCUUCUGGAAAUGAAGAUGAGAUGAGGAUGAGUGAGGAAGAUGAAGCCGAGGAGGAGGAGGAGGAGGAGGAGGAAGAAGAAGAAGAAGGUGAAGAGGAAAAGGCUGCUGCUUCCAUGGCGGGUCUUAAACUGGACGGGACCACCUAAGACAGAGACGGAAGAAGGCUGUACAGGCGGAGAGCACAGUCCCAUAGAGCCAGAUGAUCCUCUGCAGAUGUUCAGUUGUUACAAGUCAGGAAUGAAUAGAGACCUACACAGAAAAUCUAUCUAUCUAUCUAUCUGUCUCUGUCUGUCUGGUAUAACCAGGGCUGGGUGUUGAUACUAGUGCAAAUUUUCUUUCUGUACGAUACUGCUUCUAAUACCUCACUCUGAGGACUAUAAAUGUUUUUCUAUAAAACCUACACAAGCAGCUGUACAAGAACUAGAAGAAUAAAAUCAUAAGUUCAAAUAAUAGGCAAGUUUUGGUUAAAAUAUUCUGUAAGCCCCUUUUGACUCAUUUUUGUUUUGACACAAUUUUAAUUAGGAAAAUGUAAAAACAGGACCCCCCACACAAGACAGGUAAAUGUGCAAAGUGGAAGCAGUCAAUUCUCAUUUCAAAGUUUCCUUUAAUCUUGUGUGUUUUGCUGGUUUGUCGUUAGGAACACAUAACAGAGUUUUACAGUCAGCGAUAAGAUGAUUCUUACAGAUGUGCAUCUUGGCAGUCACAGUGAACUACGUGUAUAAAAAUCUGUGUGCAACUCAGUCUUUCCCUGUAAUUUUGUUCUCACUGGACUUCUGUGGUGUAUAUUCUCUAACCCACUCGCAGUUCAUGAAAUCACUACAUGCUGCCUCAUAAUGAAUUUGGGUCCUUUUUGGCCUGUGUUUUUUGUCAAAUUUGUUUAAUCCUUCCCAUGUCUUACUGUAAAGCACACUGAGUUUACCUGUGUGAGGUGUGCUAUGCAAAUAAAAUUGACUUGAUUUAAUGUCUGCAGCUCCAGACGAUUAUUCAGCCCUGGUUACAGUCUGAAAUAUAUUUUUUUUAUUGUGAUGUCUUUACUGUGUAAUAACUGUUCUGCUGAGGACUUGAUCUGCAAUUUAUAGUAAAUUGGUUGUUUACCCUGCAACACAAAGGUUGUUCAGUCAACUUGACAUUUGCUCUGCUCGUUUUUUCUGCUCCAUUUGAUGAGACAUGAUUGUUAAAUAUGCCAAAUAAAUAUUAAAAUCAUAUUUUGAUUGGC